AAAAGAAGGAAGGAGAAAGAGAGAGGAGAAGUGAUUCGAAUUCGAACCGAAACAAAAGAUCAAACCUAAACCUAAUAACAGAAUCCAUAUACAUUUGAUUCCUAUGAGAUGAGAACCGGAGGCUUGUUUCUGAUGCACUCUUUAUCGUCGCCUUCUUCGACCGCAUCGCUUAACCUUAAGGAGGCUACGAAUUGGUGGUGGGACGUGAACGAAUCUCCGCUCUGGCAAGACCGUAUCUUCCACAUCCUCGCUGUUCUAUACGGCGUCGUUUCCGUCAUUGCUGUGAUUCAAUUGGUAAGAAUACAGUUGAGAGUACCAGAAUACGGAUGGACGACGCAGAAAGUCUUUCACUUUCUCAAUUUCCUUGUGAACGGAGUUCGAGCUUUAGUGUUUGUCUUCAGGAGAGAUGCACAGAACAUGCAGCCAGAGAUUCUACAACAUAUUUUGCUUGACAUUCCAAGUCUUGCUUUCUUCACUACGUAUGCGCUUCUUGUUCUCUUUUGGGCUGAGAUUUACUACCAGGCACGUGCUGUAUCUACUGAUGGAUUGAGGCCAAGUUUCUUCACUAUUAAUGCAGUUGUCUAUGUAGUUCAGAUUGUGCUUUGGUUGGUGUUGUGGUGGAAGCCUGUUCACGUUAUGGUAAUUAUUUCCAAGAUGUUCUUUGCAGGUGUGUCAUUGUUCGCGGCCCUUGGAUUUUUAUUAUAUGGAGGAAGGCUUUUCCUAAUGCUGCAACGGUUUCCAGUAGAAUCCAAAGGGAGGCGCAAUAAGCUGCAAGAGGUCGGUUACGUGACAACGAUAUGCUUUACGUGUUUCCUCAUCAGGUGUAUCAUGAUGUGCUUUAAUGCGUUUGACGAUGCAGCAGAUCUUGAUGUCUUGGAUCACCCCAUCCUAAAUUUCAUAUAUUACCUGUUGGUGGAGAUAUUGCCUUCUUCUCUGGUCCUAUUUAUCCUAAGAAAGCUUCCACCAAAACGCGGCAUCACACAGUACCAUCAGAUUCAGUGAAACUGAGAUCGUAUCCCAUGGAGAUGGAUGCAAACAAUCGAAACAUCUGAGGUAAUACAAUAAUAGAGAAAAACAUGUCAAACAGCAGAAAAUGGUGGGAACGUUAAGCAGGAGUUGGUUAAUAUCGUGUAGGUAAAUCGUGUGGGGGUUCUUGCUUUUCUUAAUAGAUAUAAUUGUACAUGUAAAGGAUUGAAGAAUGAUCAGUUGUGAUAUCUUCUUAAACUAAAUGAAUAUGGUUAACUAGUAGUAGUCUCUCUUCUUCUUAACUAAUUUCAAAGUACUGUAGUUUGGUUUCAGAAUGAGAAAUAGUUCACAUAAUUGGGAUUCAAACUUUGUGUUAUGAGACGAAUGAACGGUUUGUGC